AUGACCCGCCCGCUCUGCAACCACUACGCCGCCCUCCUCUCCUCCACCGCCGGCGGACGGAGCGGGGCGCACGUGGCCAGCGCAGUUCACUGCCUCAUCCUCAGGACGCUUCCGCACCCGCCGCCCGUCCACCUCCUCAACCACCUGCUCACCGCCUAUGGCAAGGCCGGCCGCCACGCGCGCGCGCGCCGCCUGUUCGACGCAAUGCCCCACCCCAACAUCUUCACCUACAACGCGCUCCUCACCACGCUCGCACACGCCAGGCUCCUCGGCGACAUGGACGCGCUCUUCGCGUCCAUGCCGGAACGCGAUGUCGUCUCCUACAACGCGCUCAUCGCCGGCUUCUCCGGCGCCGGCUCGCACGCGCGGGCGGCUGGGGCGUACCGCGCGUUGCUCCGGGAGGACACCGCCAUCAGGCCUAGCAGGAUCACGAUGUCAGCCAUGGUCAUGGCGGCGUCGGCCUUGGGCGACCGCGCCCUCGGUAGGCAGUUCCAUUGCCAGAUUCUGAGGCUUGGAUUUGGGGCGUACGCUUUUGUCGGGAGCCCGCUGGUAGAUAUGUAUGCCAAGAUGGGCCUCGUCGGGGAUGCCAAGCGGGUCUUCGACGAACUGGAGGGCAAGAACGUCGUGAUGUACAACACCAUGAUCACUGGGCUGCUCCGCUGCAAGAUGGUUCAAGAGGCGAGGCGGUUGUUCGAGGUGAUGACGGACAGGGAUUCCAUUACUUGGACCACCAUGGUUACGGGAUUGACGCAGAAUGGGUUGGAGUCCGAGGCUCUGGAAGUGUUCAGGAGGAUGAGGGUACAGGGAAUCGCCAUUGAUCAGUACACCUUCGGAAGCACCCUUACGGCCUGUGGCGCCCUUUCAGCCUUGGAACAGGGGAAACAGAUCCAUACCUACACAAUCAGGACUUGUUACGAUGAUAAUGUCUUUGUUGGGAGUGCGCUUGUUGACAUGUACUCAAAAUGCAGGAGCAUCAGACUGGCAGAAACUGUUUUCAGGAGGAUGACCUUCAGAAACAUCAUCUCAUGGACUGCGAUGAUUGUUGGAUACGGACAGAAUGGAUGCAGCGAGGAGGCUGUGAGGGCCUUCUCGGAGAUGCAAAGAGACGGUGUUGAUCCUGAUGACUUCACCCUUGGAAGUGUAAUAAGUUCUUGCGCUAACCUAGCAAGCCUGGAGGAAGGUGCUCAGUUCCACUGCCUAGCUCUUGUUUCAGGAUUGAUGCCGUAUAUCACAGUGUCCAAUGCACUGGUUACCUUGUACGGCAAGUGUGGCAGCAUUGAGGAUGCACACAGAUUGUUUGAUGAGAUGUCGUUUCACGAUCAGGUCUCCUGGACAGCCCUUGUGUCUGGGUAUGCUCAAUUUGGGAAGGCAAAAGAAACUAUUGAUUUGUUUGAGAAGAUGUUAUCUAAGGGUGUGAAGCCUGAUGGGGUAACAUUUAUUGGCGUCCUUUCUGCCUGUAGCCGUGCUGGAUUUGUAGAGAAAGGCCGCAGCUACUUUUAUUCCAUGCAGAAGGACCAUGGUAUUGUGCCCAUAGAUGAUCACUACACCUGUAUGAUUGACUUGUAUAGCAGAUCAGGGAGGUUAAAAGAAGCUGAGGAGUUCAUAAAGCAAAUGCCGAUGCGCCCUGAUGCAAUUGGAUGGGGCACAUUGCUGAGCGCUUGCAGGUUGCGUGGUGACAUGGAAAUCGGCAAAUGGGCUGCUGAGAACCUCUUAGAGAUGGAUCCCCAGAACCCUGCUAGCUACGUGUUGCUGUGCAGCAUGCAUGCUGCUAAAGGUCAAUGGAAUGAGGUUGCCCACCUAAGGCGUGGAAUGAGGGACAGGCAAGUGAAGAAGGAGCCAGGCUGUAGCUGGAUCAAGUAUAAGAAUAAAGUUCACAUCUUUUCAGCUGACGACCAGUCUCACCCCUUCUCCAAGGGGAUUUAUGAAAAGCUCGAGUGGCUCAACUCCAAGAUGGUUGAAGAAGGAUACAAACCUGAUGUCAGUUCAGUGCUGCAUGAUGUGGCAGAUGCUGAUAAGGUUCACAUGCUCAGCCAUCACAGCGAGAAGCUUGCAAUUGCCUUUGGAUUAAUGUUUGUUCCACAGGAAAUGCCAAUUCGUAUCGUCAAGAAUCUACGGGUUUGCUUAGAUUGUCACAAUGCUACCAAGUUCAUAUCUAAGAUAACUGGCCGUGAUAUUCUUGUGAGGGAUGCUGUCAGAUUCCACAAGUUCAGCAAUGGCCUAUGCUCUUGUGGAGACUUCUGGUGAUGGCAGUCUUUCUGGUUCUGACCAUUCAUCCAAGUGUGAAGUUUGACUGGGAAUUAUUGAUGAGCAAAAUGAAACAGAUAGUUGAGUGAAGCCUGAAGCCAAACAUAGAUUGCAUAUUGUGAAGCUGAAAUUAGUAACUGAUCAUGUUCCUUGGCUAUCCAGGGUUGAAAGAGGUGUGUUAAUGUUGCCAUGAUUGUGUCCUUCUGGAAGUUCAUUGGUUUUGGUCUUAAAUCAGCUUCCUCAUUGUCGGUGGUUAUGCCUUUUGACAACCUAGGUGUGAAGCUGCUGUCCGCUAUGUCAUACAGAGCAUCCUCUUAGGAGCUUGUCGAAGGUACUGAAUGAUUUUUUUAUCAACUCAAGUCACAGUUACAAAAGAUACGAAAGAGUAGAGGGUUAGGUUAACUGACAAGCAACUUCUCAUUACAUAAUGAGACUGUUACACAAACUGUGACCCAGCUGAUUCUCAGAAAGAACGGCACAAGCACAACUUCCUGAAUAGAAUGCCAUCUCUGAUAUGGCUGAGAGUGUAUCUAGCUGUAUGAUCUUCAUUUCUGAAAUCUUUCGAAUUUCUACUUAUCCUGAUCUGCCAAAGAACAGAGGCCAUAAUUGUGGUGGGCUUCAGAGAUGUGUGCAGGCUGGUAAAUGCAUGUACCAAUUACUCCGAGUCUUGGGGAUUUGCAGCAAGCGUCCAUGACUGAUGAAUCAGCAAAACAACUCAAUUGAUUUGGAAUGUAGGUUGGUGAGCCUGACGACACAUUGCAUUUGCCUUUUGAUUAGUAAAUUGCAUCGUUUGUCAGUUGCGUCUUGAUCCUGUAAUCCACAUGGUGUCAUGUGGAGCCGGAAGUAUUCCCAGGGCAGGAAGAAGGCCAGCCAGGCGCAAGCUUGAAGACAUGCCGAUGAGGCAUAUUAGUCAUCUAUAAGCAUUAGAUUAAUUGGUUUAGAUAUUCAGUUUGUUAGAGAUGUGGAGGAUUUGGUUUUGUUGAGAGAUUGAGAG